AUGGCAGUUUCAGGGGUAGGUAUCAACCUGGCUCUGAACAAACCAAGCACACAAAUCAGCACUUGGGAGUCCGCUAACGCCAGCCGGGCAGUGGAUGGGAACAGCGACCCACACUACCCGAACGGGUCCUGCACUGGCACUAGGCAUCAGACACCGUCAGAACCUUAUCUGUGGUGGCAAGUGGACCUUGGCUGCUCUCUCUUUGUUUCAGAGGUAGUCAUCACAAACAGAAACUUUGCUGGUGAACGUCUUCAUGAUUUCGACAUCCUCCUGGCUGACAACGUAACGAUGAACGAGGCCCUCGUCUGUCGCCACUACCCGGGCCCGCUGGGGACGGGCCUGACAGAGACUCUACCCUGUCGCUCCCCCCUCAGUGGACGCUACCUGCGGGUACAGAUCCCCUGGAAUAACAAUACAGACAUGCUCACGCUGUGCGAAGUCCAAGUCAUAGGGGUUCCAAACAGUAUGACAUUUAGUCGUAACAUCAACACACGAGUCACCUCUAACAAGCUGAGAAUGAUGACGUCAUCGCUCAAAAUGUGCGCCCGGGCAUGCCAGGAGGGGCUUCAGUGUGUGGGUUUUAAUUUCUCCCCCUUGGCUGCCAACAUUUCCAACUGCGAGCUGCUGGCCUCGACCAUUAAUGUCGUCACCGACGCCGACUGGAAUCUCUAUGUCGCCAACGACUUUUGCAACUGCUGAGGCUGACACUUUUGGAAAAGGAUUAUCUAAUAUUUUCGGAAAGCCUUUCUGUCACUACUUGGUUGAG